UACUACUCAAUCAAAUAUUCGCAAAAUGGCCGACAACAGGAAAGUCGGUGUCUUGGGUGGAGGUCAGCUUGGUCGCAUGUUGAUUGAAGCCGCCAAUCGCCUGAACAUUCAAGUCAACAUUCUGGACGCGGCAGCAUCACCUGCCAAGCAGAUAUCUGCACACAAUGGCCAUAUCGAGGGGUCUUUCAAAGAUGCAGCAGCGGUGAAACAACUGGCACAGUGUUCAGAUGUCGUCACGGUAGAGAUUGAGCACGUGGACACACAGAUGUUGGAAGAGGUGGCAGGACAGGUUGUGGUUGAACCGAGCUGGAAGACACUGCGAAUCAUCAAAGACAAAUAUGCGCAGAAGCAUUAUUUGAAAGAGCAUGGUGUCGAUGUUGCAGAUAGCAUUGAUCUUGAAGGCAAGGGUAGCAAAGGACUGAAAGAGGUGGGCGUUACAUACGGAUUUCCUUUCAUGCUGAAGAGCAAGACGGAGGCGUAUGAUGGCAAAGGUAACUUUGUAGUCAACGGCGAACAGGACUUCGAAGGCGCCUUGAAGACGUUGGGCAGCCGACCCCUGUAUGCAGAGCGAUGGGCGGAGUUCCGAAUGGAACUCGCAGUCAUGGUCGUCAAGACGAAAGAUGGUGUACUCACAUUCCCGACUGUCGAGACAGUGCACGAGGAUAGCAUCUGCAAACUCACAUACGCGCCACCACGAAAUGUAUCCGAGAAGACGGCGCAGAGAGCACAAGAUCUAGCUAAGAAGGCAAUCGGAGCAUUCGAGGGCAAAGGUGUCUUUGGUGUCGAGAUGUUCCUACUCAAGGACGACACUCUGCUGGUUAACGAGAUUGCGCCACGACCUCACAACUCGGGACACUACACCAUCGAAGCAUGUCCGAUCUCUCAGUACGACGCUCAUCUGCGAGCAAUUCUGGACAUACCAAUUCCUCAAGCCGGCCUGCGACUCCGGGAACCCGCAAUCAUGCUCAACAUCCUCGGCGGAAAGACGCCAGACUCACAUGUCAAGGUUGCCAACGAAGCUCUAGCGACAACAACCGCAUCAGUUCACCUCUACGGCAAAGGCGAUGCGCGCCCAGGACGCAAGAUGGGCCAUCUCACCAUCACAGCACCCACUCUCGCAGCCGCAGAGCGCGAAAUCCAGCCCCUCAUCGACUUCGUCGACAACCAGAAAGGCAAGCCUCUCGGCCCACGAACAGAAUCCAAGGAGGAGCCCCUCGUCGCCGUCAUCAUGGGUUCCGACUCCGAUCUCCCCGUCCUCAAAGCCGGCCUCCAGAUCCUCGAGAAACUCGAGAUCCCCUUCACGACGCGCAUCACCUCCGCACACCGCACGCCCGACUGGCUGCGUGAGUUCUCCAAAGCCGCAUCCGACACGUCGCUCCGCGUCAUCAUCGGCGCGGCGGGCGGCGCUGCCCAUCUGCCUGGCAUGUGUGCGUCCUGGACUACGCUGCCGGUCAUCGGACUUCCCGUGAAGGCUACACACAUGGAUGGCUGGGACAGUCUGGUCAGCAUGACGCAGAUGCCGCGUGGUGAGCCCGUGGCUACUGUUGGUAUCAAUAACUCGACGAAUGCAGCGCUGUUGGCUGUGAGGAUUCUUGGGGCGGAGAACAAGGUCAUCAGGGAGAGGUUGAGGGUGUGGAUGGAGGGCAAUGAGAAGGAGGUCUUGAGGAAGGACAAGGCUCUGCUUGAGGAGGGGUGGGAGUCGUAUCUGCAGACGAUGGGGAAAUAGAUGGGGUGGGCGAUGCGAUACGUAGGACUGGAUAUGUUCGGCGAGCUCUGCAAUCGCCGUUCAAUGGGUUUACAGUACAUUGAGGUAGGUACUCGUCUAUAGUCCCGCUGCGAUUGGUACGGUACUCAUACUUCAUGGACGGUACAGCAGUUCCUUCUUAAGGAUGAGUUAAAAGUAGUUCCUGCAUUAUCUUGUUUCCGUUCGAUUGAUCACCAUCACUACUGUCAUAUUCUCGAUUACAACUACGCAUCACCAUCAUACCCUAUGCUCUUCCUCUCACCACUCAUGGUCUUUUUGGACUUGGUCUUCAACCCCGUUUCCUGAGUCUCAGGCGCAUUG